GCGCUCGGCGCAGCCCCGGCGCCCCCGCCCGUCGCCAUGGCGACUGCAUCCACAGGUGACCCUGCAUCCUCCCACUUCUUUGAUUACACGUCUACAAAAGCCCCGAACGGAGGCGAUGCAUCCUUCUAUACUACUCUGAUUUCAGAUGUCCAUUAUACGACUCCACGGGAUUCUUCCUACUUCACAGGGAUUUUGCAGCCAGAGAAUAGCCACGUCAUCUGUUCAGACAGCACAGAAGGGUUUAGCACGCUGGGGCACGCCAUUCAAGAGGUGACUGGGUUUGAGUCCCACGGCUUGUUUAGCUCUGAUUCAGGAAUAGAGUUGACUCCCGCAGAAUCCACCGACGUCAACAAAACUUUAGCGGAUCCCAUGAAAGUAGAAGCUUAUAAAUAUAUUGACAUAAGCAGAUCAGAAGAGAUCAAAUACCAAGCAAAAUGCGAGACGAGCCCAGAAGACAAGAGCGCAGGCUUUCUCGAUAGGUCUCCUGCGGCGUCGGCCAAGCCGAAGCACGGUUCCACCUCUCUGAAAACUGCUUUUGAGGAGACCAAAGUGGCCAAAGGACAGAACUUACUGGAAGAGGAAAUGUUUGGUGACCAUCAGAGUGCCUCGCUGAUCACCUCGCCGGUCAAGAUCACACUCACCGAGACAGAGAGCACAGGAGAACCUGCUAGCAAGGAGACAACUAUCCAUAAGCAAGAAACAGGUCUGAAACCAAGCCAUGAAGUGGUUCCAGUGGUGACCGUGUCAGAGCCAGAAGAUGACAGCCCAGGGUCUGUCACACCACCAUCCUCUGGCACAGAACCGUCUGGCUCCGAAUCUCAAGGGAAAUGCAGCCUCUCCGAGGAUGAGCUCAUCAGUGCCAUUAAAGAAGCAAAGGGCUUUACCUUUGAAGCUGCUGAAGCCCAGCGAUCACAGGGUGUGUAUGCAGAAAAAACAGAUCAGAAAGCCAAACCUGGACGCCCGGCUGCUUCAGCGCCCCCAGACAACGAAGCCAGCAGCGCUGAAUCCGGAGACUCGGAGAUUGAACUUGUCUCCGAAGACCCACUGGCCGCGGAGGAGGUGCUGCACUCCAACUACAUGACCUUCAGUCAUAUUGGCGGGCCCCCUCCAUCGCCUGCCUCCCCUUCCAUACAGUACAGCAUCCUGAGGGAAGAGCGCGAAGCCGAGCUCGACAGUGAACUGAUCAUCGAGUCAUGCGAUGCCUCUUCGGCCUCUGAAGAAAGUCCAAAGAGGGAGCAAGAUUCUCCUCUGAUGAAACCAAUAAUUAUGGACAUAAUCCAGGAAGAGAACGGUUCCCGAGCCGAUGCUUCAGACUAUGAAGUAAGUAACACAACAGAGAGUAGGAUGAACAGGGAAAACCUAGCAGAGUCCGCGUCCUAUCUGAAAUGCUCUUUUGUUGCGCCCAAAGUAAGUGUUGAGCCGCCCGCCUCUGCCGUCAGUACUGAAGAACUAAAAGAAAGAAUAAUUCUGAAGAAACCAAUCGAAGAAACGGUUGUUAACCAAAGUAAACUGUCUUCCAAGGACUCUGAGAAAAGAAGUCCCUUAGCUUCACACCAGCUGCGGUUUUUAAAUAAGCAAAAAGCUAUCGACCUGUUGUACUGGCGUGACAUCAAGCAGACGGGCAUAGUGUUUGGAAGCCUCCUUCUGCUGCUCUUCUCUCUGACCCAGUUCAGCGUCGUCAGUGUUAUCGCCUACCUGGCACUUGCUGCGCUCUCAGCCACCAUUAGCUUCAGAAUCUACAAAUCAGUUCUACAGGCCGUGCAGAAAACUGAUGAAGGCCAUCCUUUCAAAGCCUACCUGGAGAUGGAAAUGUCUCUCUCACAGGACCAGAUUCAGAAAUACACAGACUGUCUCCAGUUGUACGUGAACAGUACAGUCAAAGAGCUGAGGAGACUCUUUCUUGUCCAGGACCUGGUGGAUUCCUUAAAAUUUGCAGUACUAAUGUGGCUGCUGACCUAUGUUGGAGCACUCUUCAAUGGCCUGACUCUUCUGAUAAUGGCCGUGGUCUCGAUGUUUACUCUACCUGUCGUGUAUGACAAGUACCAGGCACAGAUUGAUCAAUACUUGGGGCUUGUGCGGACCCACAUAAACACUGUCAUGGCAAAGAUUCAGGCUAAAAUCCCGGGCACUAAAAGAAAGGCAGAGUAAAGCAGCCAUCAAGGAUCCAUCAAGGACAAGUAGUGAAUAAUGGGGGAGUCUGAAGUGAAACAGCUCUUCUUACUCUUUACUGCAAAUUUAUCGUUCCUUUAUUUUCCUCAAUGCCAUGAUCUUAGAAACAUAAAACACUGAAGCAGCUUUUUUCCCCUGCUGCUUCUGUACUUAGAAUAUUUGCAAUCACUUGUGUCACGCACUAAAGUAUAGUAAAGAGAAAAGUGUUCUAGAUGUGGUUUUUUUGUGUUGCUUAUAAAGUGCAUGAUGGUGAGAGCCUAAAUAAUAUUGACCUCUCUCUCUAUCUCUCUCUCUCUUUCUCUCUCUCUCUCAAUCUCUCUUUCUCUUUUUUUUUUUUAGUGUUUUUCCUUCUAUUGGCAUCGCUUCUAUAACUUUUAAUGUUACAUGUGACUAGGGCUUUCCUGCUUAGUGCACUGAUGCAAUAGUUAAAAUUGCUUCUAUGUCACUGGGUUGCUGGUUGGGUUCAUCUUUAUUAACUAUAUAGAAUCGUAGACUGAUGUUUUAGUGUUUUCCAGCACAGACAAAAUAAACAGUAAUCGGUACUUAUAGUAGUCAGUUUUGUAUAACUAAUACAAAAGCGAAAACCCAGUACUUUUGUUGUAAGGGAUUGACAGGCUGAUGUAUGGUAACUGGAGAGUUCCAGCUUGUUAAAUUUAUUACAAUUUGUAUUACAUUCUCUGUAGUUCCUAAUGGACUUAAUUAUGGACUCUGAAUAUUUGCACUUAUGUACUUGAUACCGAAUGCAGAAAUAAAUGUUA